UCUAUGAAUUUUCCACUACUUUUAAGAAGUUUCUUUUCAUUUUUGUGCUACGUGGCAAUGGUUUUUUGCAGCAUAAACUCUCUUCUCUGUUUCCCGGUGCUGGUCUUUGACUAGGUGACGCAGGUAUCGGUUUACAGGUGUGGUAACCAAUCCGCUUCAACUUCUCCAUCUCCUAUUAAAGAAGUUAUUAGUAAUCAUUGAAUCAUUUCCCCUUUCACUGCUGGAGAGCUGGUAGGUUUGUUGAAGAUGUCAGACUAAAUGCAGUCGCUGUAAACAUCUGCCUCUGCUGCUUGGGGAUGUCAAGAUGCUUCGUUUACUGGUAGAAUCAGCCAGUAACCUUCCUUCUCCAAAAUUUGGAACACCCGACCCAAUAGCGUCGGUCACUUUUAAAGGUGAAAAGAAAAAAACCAAGUCAAUUGACAAUGAAUUGAACCCAGUGUGGAAUGAGAAAAUUGAAUUUGAUUUGAAGGGCGAGUCCCUAAAUGCUUCUUCAUCGAUUGUUGUUGUGGUUAAGGACUAUGAGACAAUUGGAAAAGACAAGUUUAUUGGUUCAGCAACAAUAUCCUUGAGAGACCUUGCAAGUGGCCAAAAGACGUUGCCAUUCAAAAAUAUUGCAUUACUCAGUGAAAAGAAACAGCCAACUGGGGGAAGUAUAAAUCUAGUGGCUACUUAUGAACCACCGGCUGGAGCUGGACCACCUAAUCCAUCUGAUCUUGCAAGCUCCAGUGCACAGGAUGCUGGAGGGGAUGAAGAUGAGGAUGCAGAAGAUGGAGCAGGUGAUGUUGGGGAUGCAGGAACCUCUGCCAUUCCCAGUACACCAGGCCAGGCAGCAGCACAUGUCAGCAAAAGACUCCGGAAGAAGAAAAGCAAGAGAUUGCUUUCAAACAAACCUCAGGAUUUCCAGAUUCGGGUGAGGAUAAUCUCAGCUCGUCAAUUACCUGGUAAUAAUGUAAAGCCUGUUGUGAAAGUGACAGUCUGCAAUCAGACCCAUCGAACAAGGAUACGAAGAGGAAACAAUCCCCACUUUGAUGAGAUUUUCUUCUACAAUGUAACGCGAUCACCAGAAGAACUAUUUGAUGAACCAAUCCAAAUUAGGGUAUACAAUUCAUUUUCACUGCGAUCAGAUUCCUUAAUGGGAGAAUUCAAACUGGACAUUGGCUAUGUGUAUGAUGAACCAGGACAUGCUAUUCUAAGGAAAUGGCUCCUGCUUCACGAUCCUGAAGACACAAGCACAGGGUCCAAGGGAUAUAUGAAAGUCAGCUUAUUCGUCUUGGCGACAGGCGAUGAUCCUCCGGUUGAAAAAAAAGAGGCAAAUGAAGAGCAUGAUGAUGUUGAAAGCAACCUGCUGCUCCCUGCAGGGCUCACACUUCGAUGGGUGACCUUCCUUUUGAAGGUUUACAGAGCAGAGGAUAUUCCACAGAUGGAUGAUGCCUUUGCGGAAACUGUUAAGUCAAUAUUUGGAGCAGGGGCUGAUAAGAAAAACCUCGUGGACCCAUAUGUGGAAGUUGGCUUUGCUGGGAAAAAGCUUUGUACAAAGAUCAUAGAAAAAAAUGCAAACCCUGAGUGGAAUCAAACAAUCAACCUUCAAGUCAAGUUUCCAUCUAUGUGUGAAAGAAUAAGCUUGACAGUGUUUGAUUGGGAUCGACUGACUCGGAAUGAUGCUAUUGGAACAGCAUUUUUGUACCUCUCCAAAAUAGCUUCAUCUGGAGGUGAAGUUGAAGAUGAUGAGGGAACUGGGGCUUCUCCAGCAAAUGAAGGGGAAACUGGAGAUGAAGAAGUAGGAUUUCUUCCAGCUUUUGGGCCUUGUUAUGUAAACUUUUAUGGGAGUCCCAGGGAAUACACUGGCUUUGCUGAUCCUCAUGAAGACUUAAACUGUGGAAAGGGUGAAGGAGUUGCAUAUCGUGGUAGAAUAUUGAUUGAAUUAAUCACCAAGCUUGAUGCUAAUCCAGAGAAGAAAUUGGAGGACAUACCUAGUGAUGAUGUCUUAGUAGUUCAGAAAUAUCAACGCCGGCGUAAGUACAGUCUUUCUGCUGUCUUUUAUGCUGGAACAAUGCAACGAGAAGUUGGAGAUGCCAUCCAGUUUGAAGUCAGCAUGGGCAAUUAUGGCAACAAAUUUGACAAAACAUGCAGACCUUUGGCAUCUACUACUCAGUACAGUCGAGCAGUGUUUGAUGGUAACUAUUACUAUUAUCUACCUUGGGCCAACACAAAGCCUGUUGUGACACUGACUUCCUACUGGGAAGACAUCAGUCACAGGUUGGAUGUAGUGAACAUCAUCUUAAAAAUUGUCCACAGAAUGGAAAAGAAUUUAAUGGUGCUGAGGACUGCUGUUCAGGCCAAAGUUAGUGAGGAGCGCCUGGCUGAAUUGUGGUUGAAAAUUAUUGAGCAAGUCAUAGAAGACUGCAGCCGACCUCUCCCAAAGUUAGAAGGCAAAUCUAACGUAACUCAGCUUGACCUGCAAAUCCUAAAGCUUCGCAAAAACACUCUGGAAGGUAUUCUCGAAUCGGCAAAGCGCACACGCAUGGAGGCAGAGGAUCCAAAAGACACAAUCGAUGAUAUUGAAGAUUGGCUAGAGAGACUUAAAUCAUUGGCUGAAGAGCCACAAAACAGCAUGCCUGAUGUGAUCAUAUGGAUGAUACGUGAUGAAAAACGAGUUGCAUAUGCACGAAUCCCAGCCUAUGAGGUGCUUUACUCAACUACCGGCGAAGAAGCCUGCGGCAAAUACUGUGGAAAGACACGAACCAUAUUCUUGAAGUAUGUGGGAGGGAAAAACAAAAAUUCCAAAAUUCCAAUUCAGUUACGUGUUCGCUUUUGGCUUGGCCUUUUUGCUGUGGAGAGCAAAUUCAACAGUUUUUCUGAAGGAAACUUCAGUGUAUUUUCUGAAUUGUAUGAAAAUCAAGCACAGCUACUGGGCAAAUGGGGCACUAGUGGGCUUGUGGGUCGCCACAAGUUUUCUGAUGUAACUGGUAAAAUAAAACUGAAGAAGGAAAACUUCAUGCCCCCACGAGGCUGGGAAUGGGAAGGUGACUGGUUUGUUGAUCCCGAGAAAAGUUUGCUAACAGAAGCUGAUGCUGGCCACACGGAAUUUAUCGAUGAAGUUUAUGAAAAUAACACUCGCUAUCCUGGAGCUGAAUGGAAAGUAGCAGAGGAACCCUACACUGACCUGAAUGGUGAGAAGAGUUCCUCAAAAGAGGAGGUUGAGUGUCCACCUGGCUGGAAUUGGUUGGAGGAUUGGGAAUAUGAUGUCAAUCGAGCUGUGGAUGAGCAAGGCUGGGAGUAUGGAUUAACAAUACCCCCAGAUGACAGGCCCAAAUCCUGGGUCUCGACAGAGAAAAUGUAUCAUACCCAUCGGCGCAGGCGUUGGGUGCGAAGGCGCAAAAAAGACAAUCUGCAAACUGCACAGUCACAGAAGAGCCAGUCAGUUCAGGAUUUGGAAGGAUGGGAAUAUGCCUCCCUGAUUGGCUGGAACUUCCACAUGAAGCAGCGGAAAUCAGAUACUUAUCGCCGCAGAAGAUGGCGAAGAAAAAUGGCACCAUCUGGCCGACUCGGGGCUGCGGCUGUCUUCAAACUGGAAGGUGCUCUCGCUCCAGCUUCCAGUGAGGAUGGUGAUAAAUCACCAACAGACUCUGUGUUUGGAGCAAGUGCCCCAACGAUCUCCUGUGUGUUUGACCGUCCUUCGAUCUAUCACCUCCGUUGCUAUAUUUAUCAAGCAAGAGCCAUAGUUGCUAUGGACAAAGACAGUUUUUCAGAUCCAUAUGCACAUGUUUCAUUUCUUCAUCAAAGCAAGACAACCGAAGUUAUCAAAUCCACUUUGAACCCAACUUGGGACCAGACCCUUAUCUUCAAUGAUAUUGAUAUCUAUGGCAGUCCUGAAACCCUAAUUAAAAAUCCACCAAAUGUGAUGAUUGAAAUAUUUGACGAAGACCAAGUCGGAAAAGACGAAUUUUUAGGCAGAUGUGCCUGCUCUCCGAUGGUGAAGCUAAAUCCAGAGACAGAUGUGACCCCCAAACUCCUUUGGUACCCAAUAAAGAAUGGAACAAAGAAAGCUGGGGAACUCCUCAUAGCUGCUGAACUAAUAUUGAAAGAUAAACCUGAUGGAUCUAAUUUACCAAUUCUUCCUCCAGUCCGGUCAGGUGUACUGUACAUGGUGCCACAUGGCAUCAGACCAGUUGUGCAGCUUACUGCAAUUGAGAUCUUAACAUGGGGGUUACGGAACAUGAAGAACUACCAACUGGCUGCUGUUGCUUCCCCGAGUCUCAUUGUGGAAUGUGGGGGCGAGUAUUUGGAAUCGGCAGUGAUUAAGAGUCUUAAGAGAUGUCCAAACUUCCCCUCUUCUGUUCUGUUUAUGAAAGUGCUGCUUCCAAAGGAAGAAAUGUACACCCCUCCUAUUGUCAUAAAGGUAAUUGACCACAGACCAUUUGGACGUAAACCAGUAGUUGGACAGUGCACAAUUCAUUCUCUGCAAGGAUAUCGGAUUGACCCAUAUGCUGAAAGAGAGACUGUUGGAAUGCAAUCAAAAGCAUCUCUACUUUCAAAUGCUCGUGAUUGUGUCAUUGAUAUAGAAGAUAAUCAAAAACCUCUCCUUGAAUCACAGUUUGUAGAUAGUAUGACCAAGGCAGUCAUCAAAAUGACUACUCCAUCAGCACUGCAUAUGGUGCCCACUGAUUCUGCAGGACUGGCUGCCUUUCGAUCAUCCCAGGCUGCAAAGGAAGAGGAAUCAAUCGAUUGGUGGAGCAAGUUUUAUGCAUCUAUAGGAGAGCAUGAGCGAUGUGGCACCUAUCUUCAGAAAGGUUAUGAUACACUUAAGGUGUACACUACAGAACUGGAGAAUGUCCCUGAAUUCAAAGGGCUGACUGAUUUCUGUCACACUUUUAAACUAUUCAGAGGUAAAUCAGAGGAUGAUGAAGACCCUUCAGUUGUGGGCGAAUUUAAGGGUUCUUUCAAAAUUUAUCCCUUAAGUGAUGAUCCAAAUAUUCAAACGCCGCCACGCCAGUUUGCUGAACUGCCAGAUAGUGGAACUCAAGAAUGUUUGGUGCGAAUUUACAUUAUUCGAGGCAUUGACUUGCAACCAAAAGACAGCAAUGGCAAGUGUGACCCCUAUGUGAAGAUCAGUUUGGGUAAAAAAUCAAUAGAAGACAGAGACCACUACAUUCCUAACACCCUGAACCCAGUGUUUGGCAGAAUGUUUGAACUUAGUUGCAAUUUACCAACAGAGAAAGAUCUCAAAAUUUCACUUUAUGAUUUUGAUUUGUUGACCCGUGAUGAAAAGGUGGGAGAGACUAUUAUUGACCUGGAAAACCGACUUCUCUCACGCUUUGGAGCUUGUUCUGGGUUGCCUCAAUCAUACUGUCUUUCUGGAGUAAAUGCAUGGCGUGACCAGCUCAAGCCAUCCCAGCUGUUACAGACUUUAGCUAAGAUGAAAGGCCUUUCUCCACCUGUCAUCUCUAGCAGCAGGCUCUCCUACAAUGGUCAGGAAUAUGUACUCAGUGAAAUUGAAAAUAACAAGACUUCAAAUAUCCACCUUGGACCUGCAGAAGAACGGCUUGCACUUCAUGUUUUGCGACAGCAAGGACUUGUACCAGAGCACACAGAAAUGAGGACGUUGUACAGCACCUACCAGCCCAACCUUUCUCAGGGAAAGCUUCAGAUGUGGGUUGAUAUUUACCCAAAGAGUCUAGGCCCACCUGGACCACCAUUUGACAUCACUCCUCGAAAACCCAAAAAUUAUUUCCUUCGCUGCAUAAUCUGGAAUACCAGUGAUGUUCUUCUGGAUGAAACCAGCAUAACUGGAGAAGAGAUGAGUGAUAUCUAUGUUAAGGGCUGGAUGGCUGGACUUGAAGAUGAGAAGCAGAAGACAGAUGUGCACUACAGAUCCCUUGGAGGAGAAGGGAAUUUCAACUGGAGACUUAUUUUCCCAUUUGACUACCUCCCAGCUGAACAGCUUUGUGUUGUAUCUAAGAAGGAAAAUUUUUGGAGCCUUGACAAGACUGAGGUCAGGACACCUCCGAAACUAAUGAUUCAAAUUUGGGACAAUGACAAGUUUUCAAUGGAUGACUAUUUGGGUGUCCUCGAGCUAGACCUGAAUUCCACAAUAUGUCCAGCCAAAACAGCUGCAGGAUGCAAUUUGAAAAUGCUGCCAGAUCCAAGUACUCCUAAAGCACCCAAAGUGACCUCCAUUUUUGCUCAAAAAUCUAUAAAUGGGUGGUGGCCAUGUGUCCAGGAAAAGGAUGGCAAACGCAUCUUGGCUGGUAAAGUUGAAAUGACACUGGAGAUUCUCACUGAACAAGAGGCUGAGCAGAAACCUGCUGGCAAAGCAAGAGAUGAACCCAACAUGAACCCAAAACUGGAGCCUCCAAACCGUCCAGAAACAUCUUUCCUGUGGUUCACCAGUCCUUGCAAGACGAUGAAAUACAUCAUCUGGCGCCGGUUCAAAUGGAUCUUUCUUGGGAUCAUAAUACUGCUGUUUGUAGUUCUGUUCCUUGGGAUCUUCUUUUAUUCAUUGCCGAACUACCUGUCCAUGCGAAUUGUGAAUCCUAUCUAAGGAUCUUAAGAUUGACCAGUCCUCCCACACCAGCAACUCUGUUGUAUAACUGGUCCAGGAACAUUCAUUUCAUGUCUACAAUCUCGCGGCCUUAAGGGUAGAAAUGGACUGAGGUUAGGAGGGUGACGAGAUCUACAUUUACCAAGGUUAGGCAAGGUUCAUGGGGUCAUGACUGGGCCAUUUAUCAGUGAUUCCAUGUUAAUGUGCUGACCCUGAUGACCAGGACCCUGCUGGUUUUAUCCAGCGUUUGCGCAAUUGGCUGUUUGUUUAGCAGGUGCCUCUCUAGUUAUGAAAUACCAGGGGUGUUUUGUUUAUUGGAGUGGUGAAUUGAGCAAAAAGGUGUUUAAAAUAUGGCUAUUCAAGGUGGUUGGUUUGCUAAUCUGUUACAAUGUAGGUUUAAAUCACACAUGACAUGCAAAUAUUAUGGGAUUUUUAGAAUAUUUUCUAAAACAGAACUUAGAGCACAAGUGCUUCCACUUAGUUUGCAUAUAUCAUACGAGAAUGGAAGAAACCAGCUGUCAACAUUGAGGAUUAUAUAUUGUGUAGCAGUGUUGUACUCAUCAGAAGCUUCAUGUUUUUUUCUGGUUCGUUUUUUUUAAAUGUAAGAAUUUGGACCAAAAUAUGUAAUUUAACUGCAAAGUAAAGCAUUAUUAAUCAAUGUGUAUUUCCUAUGCCCUAAUAACUACAAUGUUAGCUGCUAAUAAAUCAUUUCACCAGUG